AUGGAUUUCAUCAAGACCAGUUCCCUGCGUGCUCUUAUUGAGUUAACUUUCCAACGCAAUUGGAAUGGCUUCAUUUGGAUGAGUAGAAAAGGAGUUAUAGCCAAAAGAGUGAAGGCUGCUCCAGACGGCCAUAUCGAGAAUCAUCGUCCGAACACGCAGACCGGCUGGCCGAGGAACGAUUGUUCUGCGCUCGGCCAAAACCGAAUUCGUCCGACUGAUGUCUCGGCCAAAGCUUCAAGCCAUCCGGCCGAUCACGCAGUACGACCCGGGAUACAUUGUCCCGCGGUCGGCCAAGUUUCAAGCGACCACGCCAAGCCGCGCACGACCAAGGCGCGCGACCCGGGAAACAAAGCCGCACGGCCGCGCAUGUAA